UAAAGAUGGCGUUAGCGGCUAACACAGGCGAUUGCAUUUUGUUUUACAAAAAUUAUUCGGCCAGUGGUGACAAAACAUUGAUCAAAUAGAGCUUUAAUCCGUCAUUUGAUGUUUAAAAAUGUGUUGCAUUGAGAUAAUACACGUCCAUUGCGUAGUAUAACGCUUGUUCGGCCUUCUCACGAUGUAGGCCUGUUUUUUAGGGAGUGGACCGAAGCAGAAGGAACUCCAACUCCCAUCGGCGAGUGCGGCGUCAGGUGGUACAACUUUUCCUUUUUUAUGGUAUCUGUAGUUUUCUGCUCUGACUGGACUGUUGUUCUUGUGGAAACUUUGCACAAAUAUAAACGUACAUACUAACAGCAAAAAUUCAUCGGCUGAGUAAACAAGACAAGAACUUAAAAUGAAAGGACAUGUUAUUUAAUUUCUCAAUAUUUCGCUGGAAGCGUCCAGUGAGGCACUGUGUGCAUGCUAUUUGUCUAAACUGAGAGGAAGUAAAAUUAAGACAACUGAUAUUGGAGUCUGCCAGGCAGAGGAACCAUGGCUGCAUCACCCGUGCAAGGAGACUGGAAACAAUCUCGAGCACCUUCCAGAGAAGGUCACCCAUCAUCACCAGAUCAAUCACUGACCUGGUGCUUGGCUCACCUCUCCAAAGCUGGAUCAGGGGGUGAACAUGACUCAGGCGGUGCGAGAGAAGGUGACAAGAGGUCCAGGAUCUCUCAGUGGCGAGCCCUGGUUGCCAUCAGGACGCAGCACAUCAAGGGUGACAAGGCUGGCAUUGCAAGAUUCAGAACUCAAGGUGGUCUCCGGCCCCUGCUUGACCUGCUCAAACACCCAGAGUGCUCCAGGAAAACCCUGGACCUGGCUCUGAGCAUCCUUGCAAACUGCUGCACUGAGCUGGAGACACGCAUUGAGGUUCGCAAGCUUGAUGGAAUAAACAUUGUAGUGGAGAUCCUGAAGGAAAAUAUGGCCCUGGAGACUGUCCAGAACCGAGCAGCCCGGGCUUUGGGAAACUUGGCCAUGGAUCCAGAGAGCUCUGCACUCAUCCACUCUGCUGGUGGCGUUCCUCUCCUCCUCCUUUGUGUGUCUCUUUCUUCUGGACCUUCCUCCCCAACUGCUGCUCCACCCAAAGAGCCCUGUGCUAAACUGGAGUGCGCUCAGUCGGCAGCUCGGGCUCUCCUCUACCUCUCAGACACGCCCUCUAACCGCCUGUCGCUGCUCACCCAAGGGACGUUAUCUUCCCUCGCCCCUCUCAUUGCUCCUGAGUAUCCCCAGGGGCUGAGGCGGGCGGCGCUCAGGACCCUCCACGAGCUCACCCGAGGCUGUGGUGUUGAAUGCGCCAGGGAGGUGUCCCGUUCUGGAGUCCUCGCUCAACUCGGUGUCAUGGUGUCGGGGGAAUCUGGUAAACCUUUUGAGGAGCUGGCACUGAAAACCCUGGCCAACAUGUGCUCCCAAGGCUGCCUGCGACCUCUUGUGGGGUCACUUGGGGUAAUUCAGAAGUUCACAGAGGAGGUCAAGAGGGACCCACUGAAGUCGGGAGUCUUCCUCAAGGCGCUGUGCUUGUGCUGCAAGGAAGCCGUCAACAGGGCCAAGGUGAAGGAGAGUGGUGGGUUGGAAGUGCUAAUCGGCUUUCUGGCUGCCCAUCAGAGUCACCCCCUGUCCCGACUUGUCAUCCUGGCCUGUGUGGACUUUGUUUUUGAUGAAUCGGCUAUGGAGCAGCUGCAAGAAUUAGGGUUGGUCCCUCUGCUUGUUGCACGACUGGUUGAGCUCACCAAAGGCGAGGAACAGUCUGUUGAGAAGAUGGAUGUCAGCCUCUCCUCCAGCAUGUCUCCCACAGAGCUCCUGCCCUCGUCAUGUUUUGACUCCUUUGACUUUCCUCCUCCUCCUGAUGGAUGCAGAAAGGAGGAAGCUGGCAAGGAGCAGGGUCUAUGUUCAUCAAGCUUUCUCAGUCUCAGGUCCUGGUUGGUGUCUGAGGGAUUGAUCUCUUCAGAGGGGGACCUACUGAAUUCCUCUGGUGUUGAAGGGGAAUGGGGGAGUCUUCAGAUCCCACCGUCUUCAUCCCCUCAGACCUCAUCCCCAAAUCCUGAUUCCAUUUUCUCCCUAAAAAAUUCUUCCUCAUCUAACCCUACUGCCUCUUCCACCUCUAAAAAAGCUGCUCAGCCUUCCCCUGUGUCCCCUUUGCCCCAGCUGUCACCUGCAUGUAAAACCAUCGAUCCGGCUCCCUCCAGUCCUCUACCUUCCAGUGUGCUCACACCCCAAACCCAGCCCAGUUCUUCCACCAUCUCCUCUCCCACUAAAACAGCCCAAACACCAGUCUCUCCGUCAAAGUUCUCAUCCCCUCACAGAAGGAGGCAGCGUCCUCAUUCAGCAGCUGGUUUGACUAAAGUAACUCUUGAUACCCCUCCGUUUGUGCCCCGCACGAUGGCCUACCAUCACCCGUACCACCCUGAACCCUGGACCGCCGAGUCGCCCAUCCUGCUGCUGCUUUCGCGCUUCUCUCACGCCACAGACCCGAGUGCUGCUCUGGUCAGCUCAGGUGUCAUGUCUGGCUUGCUUUUCUACCUCACCCAGCACCAGGACCCCAGCAGCAGGUGCUUCCGUAUGCUUUGCCGGCUGAGCUGCAACCCAAACUGUUUGCAGGCACUAAUCCGAACCGGCUCGGUUGCGCUGAUUCGUCACCAUCUCUGUCAGAGAGGGGGAGGAUUUGAGGGAGAGGAGAGGCAGACGGAUCGAGUGAAAACAAAAGUUAAACAACUUGGUUUUGCUCUUCUUAAUAAUCUGCGUGUCCAGUGUGAGUCUGGAUUUGGCUCUGGAGUUGUUGCCCAUGUGAUGCUGUCAGGCUCUGAGUCCGACAAGAUGAACUGUGCGCUGUCUCUGCCAUUAAUCAGCAGCAAUAAGUCCCUGUUAAAGAAACUCCUCCUGGACAGCGGUGGACUGCACUUGGCCCUGCAGCCUCUUGGUUGCGAUGACGAUGAUGUGGAUGAAGAGCACCCCGCUGAAUGUGGAAAGCUGCUUUCCGAUUGGUUCAAUUCACCACAUUCAGGUUUGACUUCUCAGCUCCACUCACUGUUUUCCUCCCUUCUGAUUGGAUGCCUGUCUACUCUGACCAGUGGCAACAAAAUGGAGCUUGACAAAAAACAUCUAAAUCCAGUAACAACACAGUCAGUCGACAAAAUUGACAAAGUUUCACCCCCUCCCUCCAAAAGGCCUCGCCUGGCUGACACCUGUCCCUACGGAGUCUCGAACUUUGACCUGCUCUUGCUGCUUGAUGACGGGACUCAGGUGCAAGCCAACAGAAGGGCUGUUGCCGGGGUGGAGGGGACAGACAGGGUGGGUUCUGAGUACUUUUGGGCUCUGUUGAGAGGCGGGUUUGGAGAAGCUCAGGGUAACGCAGAAGAAGCCAUCCGCAUUAAAGAUGUCAGCACAGGUAUGCUGCUACCAGUGCUACAUUACCUGCAUGGAUGUCGCCUCACCAAGGACACAGAAAUGACAAGAGAAAAUGAUGAAGGACAGAGUAGAGGAAAGUGUCAGAUCUUGGACACACUGGUCCUUGAAGGACUGGGGAUCUGCCCCAAAGACACAGAGGAUCGCUCAGCAGAAGACUUUGCUUUCCAGAAAACAGCUUUAGGCGAGAUGAUGAUUGGAGCAUGCAGAUUUUUGGUGACUGAGCUGCAGAGAGAGCUGGAAGAUCUCUGUGUGUCUCUCCUCCUGUCCUGCUCCACUAAGCCUGCUCCCAUAGUGGACAAGGCUGAAAAGGCUGCAUCUAAAAUGGACCAGGAAUGCAUUGAGUCUGCUGAGGAGAACCUGGCUAAUCGAACAUCAGAGUUAGAGUUGACUGGUUUUGAGGUGCACACAGAAGAUUUACCAGGACAGACGAAGAAACCAAACAGCUCCCUGCAGCAGACAGACAGUAAUAAAAGCUCUUUAGCUGGAACAACUCAAAAGGCCAGCAGAGGACUCAAUACAAUUUCAGACCAUGAGACAAUCAGAAGUGUCACUCCAGUUUCCAAAUCAAGCUGUAUAUCAGUGGUGGACAAAUCACUCGAUCCAGAAGAGUUGAGGUUAAGACCAAAGAACUUGAUGAAAAGUUCGGCACAGUGUCUGAAAUCAGCAGCUCGGGACUCCAUUUCCUCCUCAGCAACCCCAUCAGAAGGUGGGCACCUGGCUGCUCUGCUCCCCCAGGUUUACUGGUUUUCUCAGCGCUACAGCUACCCAACACUGGGUCGUGCCUGCCUGUCUCUGCUGCUUGGCUGCCAGGAUGUUCCUCGGCCCUUCUUGUCCUCCUCGCUUGCUGGAGAUUGCCUUCGUAGACUUGCCAGAGAUGCGGACUGUACUGAGACUCUUAAACAGGAUCUACUUAGUCUGGCCACAGUGGCUCUGAGCUGAACUAGUAAGGACAUUUUGAGCUGAGUGGUUGGUAGCAUGAAUUCAGAGCACACAGAUUAAGUGAAAGUCAACUUUAGCAAAUGUCCAGAGUACAUGUGCAGGUUACAACAACGGCACGAUUACCUGAAAAACCUGCUGUAUGAAUUUCUUGAGCACUAACGGAACUGACUUUUGAUUUAAUGUCAUAAACUGGAAGCAUAAACUUAAGUUUAGUUUUGAUGUAAUCGGAUAUGAACUGUAGCCGUCCCAGCAUGACAUAAUGGUAUUAUAAUUUACUUACAUUUGUGUUGUGAUUUUUUUUCAGAGAAGGUCAAAGACGGUGUCCGUAAUGCAUUUGAUAAAUGUCAUUUAGCUGGAAGUACUGGAAUUAUCAGGGUUGGUCUCAAAGCCAGUUGUUUAUUUUGUAAAUAGAGAAAAUAUGGAUUAGCAGAUAUACAGUGUAUAGAUUCCAACUGUCCCAUAUAAAUUUAUGCCACUGAAUAUAUUGUUGGAACAUCA